GUUUGUGGAUGAGCUCCGGUGGAAGUCAUGAGUCUGUCCCGGCAGCUGUGGGCUGGUUCGGCUUGUGUUUCACAUCCUGCUUUGUGUUUCAGGCUGAUGGUUUGUGAGCUCUUCUAACAAACAGAGAUGUGACUGUUGAUCCAGCAGACGGCAGAAAGAAACAGCAGGAUGAGGACGUAGUGGAAGCACACAGGGAGCAGGAGGCCACAGAAGACAGGGGCCAGGGUCCCUCUGCAGGUAUGGAGCGGCUCCACUGGGUGCGGCAUCGCUGUCAGCAGCUCCUGGGGGGAGACUCGGGGCGAGGCUGGUACUCUUCUCCUGAUGACCUGCCCAACAAGAACUCCCUGGAGACCCGCAGCUCGCCACAGAGAGUCGGCGGGAAGCGGAGGACGGUGUUUGCUCGCCAUGGGCCUCAUCAACAGGAGUACGAAGCCGUGUCCAAACACUACAAGGGCAACGCAAUCAGGACUACGAAGUACAGCUUGUUGACGUUUAUCCCCAUGAACCUGUUCCAGCAGUUCCAGAGGGCCGCCAACCUCUAUUUCCUGUUUCUGGCGUUGCUGAACUGGGUGCCGGUGGUUGAAGCCUUUCAGAAGGAGAUCACAAUGAUUCCUCUGCUGGUGGUUCUCACAGUUAUCGCCAUCAAAGAUGCCUUAGAAGACUACAGACGCUACCGCUUUGAUAAGAAGGUCAACAACAACAUCGUGAGAGUCUUCUGCAGUAAGCAGAAGGCGUACAUUCAGCGGUGCUGGAAGGAUGUUCAUGUCGGAGACUUGGUCCGGCUUUCCUCUAAUGAAAUCAUCCCCGCCGAUCUGCUGCUGCUGUACUCCUCCGACCCUCGGGGAGUUUGUUACAUCGAGACCUCCAACCUGGACGGAGAGACCAACCUGAAGCAGAGACAGGUGGUUUCAGACCUUCAGCUGCAGGGAGCAGAGUUGACUUUGGAGAACUUCAAAAGUCGAAUCGAGUGUGAGAAUCCCAACAAUGAUCUCAGCAGGUUCAGAGGUUACAUGGAGCAUCCCAAUGGAGUUCGUGUGGGCCUCCAUAACAGCAACCUGCUACUGAGAAGCUGCACCAUCCGCAACACAGAGACUGUGGUGGGCAUUGUGGUCUACGCAGUAGACGACUCAGCCAGCAGACGACUCGGCCAGCAGACGACUCGGCCAGCAGACGACUCGGCCAGCAGACGACUCGGCCAGCAGACGACUCGGCCAGCAGACGACUCAGCCAGCAGACGACUAAGCCAGCAGACGACUCGGCCAGCAGACGACUCGGCCAGCAGACGACUCGGCCAGCAGACGACUCGGCCAGCAGACGACUCGGCCAGCAGACGACUCGGCCAGCAGACGACUCAGAAUUUCAGUGAAUCACUCACUAACGUUCUUGUCUCGUCACGUGUUCUCCUCCUGCCAGGUCAUGAGACUAAAGCCAUGAUGAACAACAGCGGGCCGCGGUACAAACGCAGCCAGCUGGAGAAGCGUCUGAACAUGGACGUCCUGUGGUGUGUGCUGCUGCUCAUCGUCAUGUGUCUCAGUGCGUCUGUAGGUCAUGGUCUCUGGCUGAAGAACCUCAAAGAUCCGAUCUUUCUGGUGGACAAACAGACGUCUCCUGCUCUGGCUGGAUUCUACGUCUUCUGGACCAUGAUCAUUGUGAUGCAGGUGCUCAUCCCCAUCUCUCUGUACGUGUCCAUUGAGAUCGUCAAACUGGGUCAGAUCUACUUCAUCCACAACGACCUUGCUCUGUACAACGAGCAGCUGGACUCCAGGAUCCAGUGCCGGGCCCUGAACAUCACAGAGGACCUGGGUCAGAUCCAGUACCUGUUCUCUGAUAAGACAGGAACUCUGACGGAGAAUAAGAUGGUUUUCCGCCGCUGCAGCAUCUACGGCGUUGAAUAUCCUCAUGAGGAGAACGCUCGGAGGCUGGAGGUGUACGAGGCGGAGAAGAACGAAGCGGCCGGUCCCUCGGUGACUCUUAAGUCAGGCUGCAGCGGGAAAUCUCUGAGCUGUCGUUCUCUGAGCUGUAACCGCAGCUCUGUGUCUCUGCACACGCUCACUGACGAGGCCGAGGAUGAGGAAGACCAGCUGACCGAUCCCAUCCAGAGCAGAGCCAGCGCCUUCUGCAGCCGUGUGGAAAGGGAGGUGGUCCCGGACCCUGAGCUGGUGAGGAAGCUGAACUGGCUCUGUUCUCCCAUGCUGACUCUGAGUGACGCCUCCUCGGGGACGCCGUCCAGCCUGGAGCUCACCUACAUCACUGACUUCUUCCUGGCAUUGGCCAUGUGUAACAGCGUGGUGGUGUCCUCACCCAGCCAGCCUCGCCAUGCGGUUCCUGAAGCUCGGACGCCCCUGAAGUCUCUGGAGGAGAUCAAGCUGAUGUUCCAGCGCUUCAGCUUCUCUCCUUUUUCCACCCUUUCCCCCCCACAGAUCACCAACAGGCUGUUCACCCGUGGGAAGAACGGCCCCUCCACCUUCCCCCCUCCCCCCGACAGCACGGCCAACAGGUCAGAGGCAGGCUCCGAAAACCUGCUGGAGACGUCCAACCCUGGGCUCCAUGUGGAUUUAUCCUCCAGAGAGGAUGGAGGAGAUGCCGGACAGGUCGAGGAGACAAAGACCAGCUCUGACAGGAGGGACCCGGCCCAAGACUCAGACUUUGACGAUGAGCUGCUGUAUGAGGCAGAGAGUCCGGAUGAGGCAGCUCUGGUCCACGCGGCGCAGGCGUACCAUUGCACCCUGAGGGGCCGCUCGGCAGAGAGCCUGUUGGUGGAUCUGCCGGGAAUCGGCUCUCUGGCAGUUCAGCUACUUCACAUCCUACCAUUUGACUCCAACAGGAAGAGGAUGUCGGUGGUGGUCCGCCAUCCGCUCUCAGGACAGGUGGUGGUUUAUACGAAGGGGGCCGACUCAGUCAUCAUGGACCUGACAGAGACCCCUAAAGGUGCAGAGCAGGCUCAGGAGGUCUACAGUCACAUCAGAGAGCAAACACAGAAACAUUUAGACAGCUACGCCAGAGACGGCCUCCGUACACUCUGCAUCGCUAAGAAGGUUCUGGAGGAGGAGGAGUACGAUGUGUGGCUGAAGAGACAGCUGCUGGCAGAGAGAAGCAUCGAGAACCGAGAGGAGCUGCUGAUGGAGUCGGCUCAGAGGCUGGAGACCAACCUCACCCUGCUGGGCACCACAGGGAUCCUGGACCGACUGCAAGAGGAGGUCCCAGAGACCAUCGAAGCUCUUCAGAGGGCGGGGAUCAAAGUCUGGGUCCUCACAGGGGACAAAAAGGAGACAGCCAUCAAUAUCGCCUAUGCCUGCAAACUCCUCCGUCCCAACGACCAGCUGCUGACCGCCAGCUGUGGAAGCAAGGAUGCUUGUGCAGCUCUACUACAGGAGCUCAGACUGGAAGUUCAGCGUGGUGGCGACGGCCUGACGGAAGCCACAGAGGCAGGACAUCAUGGGAACUCCUCCUCAGACAGUAGGACAGGUUUCGUGCUCGUCACGGAUGGUCAGACGUUGGACUGGGCGCUGCUGGAGGAGCUGAAGGCCGACUUCCUGGAGCUGAGCUGUCGAUGUAAGGCGGUGAUAUGCUGCAGGUCUACACCGCUGCAGAAGAGUCAGGUCGUCCAGCUGAUCCGAGACCAGCUCGGUGUAAUGACCCUGGCUGUGGGUGAUGGAGCCAAUGAUGUGAGCAUGAUCCAGGUGGCUGAUGUGGGCAUCGGGAUUUCUGGUCAGGAGGGGAUGCAGGCUGUGAUGUCCAGUGACUUUGCCGUCUCCAGGUUCAAACACCUCAGUAAGCUGCUGCUGGUUCACGGCCGCUGGUGUUACUCUCGUCUGGCCAACAUGAUCCUCUACUUCAUCUACAAGAACGUGAUGUACGUCAACCUGCUCUUCUGGUAUCAGUUCUUCUGCGGAUUCUCUGGCAGCGUCAUGACAAACUCGUGGGUGCUCAUCUUCUUUAACCUGCUCUUCACCUCCGUUCCUCCUCUCAUCUACGGCGUCCUGGACAAAGAUGUACCUGCAGACACUCUGAUGGAGCUGCCUGAACUCUACCAGGACACACAGUCCUCCAAGGUUUAUGUCCCCUCCAUGUUCUGGAUCACAGUUCUGGAUGCUUUUUACCAAAGCCUUGUCUGCUUCUUCGUGCCUUACUUUGUUUAUGCAGGUUCAGACGUUGGGGAUCUGGCCUUCGGUUCUCCCAUCAAUGCUUCAGCCCUCCUCAUCAUCCUGCUGCACCAAGUCAUUGAGAGCCACACCCUGACAUGGAUCCACGUGCUGGUGUUGGUGUUCAGUGCUGUCUUCUACUUCGGCUUUGUGCUGCUCUUCAGUGGGAUCUGCGUGACCUGCAGCCCCCCCUACAACCCUGUGGGGGUGGAAACUCUCCAGAUGUCUCAGCCUCUAUUCUACAUUGUGUGUGCUCUCACUACUGUGACGGCGCUGUUACCCAGGCUGCUGUUUCGAGUUCUCCACAACACCCUCCACUCCUCUGCUGCUCUGAGAUCAGCUCAGAUGGACAAAGACUCAGAGAGGUAUCGCAGGAGGAUGCAGCGCUGGAACACGAGUCGCUCCCCGGCCAACAGAGUGCCUGUUUGUGCGGAUAACCCCGGUCUGGAUCCAAACACAGCCUCGGUUGUUUCCUGACCUCCUUUAACACACAGAGUCAGAGAGCUGCAGGUCCAAUCACUACCACCUCUAUAGGUGACCAAGACUUCACUCGUAUUUAUCGUCUGCUGAAGCUCUGUGUAAGCCUGAGUAGCUUCAAGAAAAAUCAGACAUGUUUGACUUCUGAGGAAUCUGAACAUUAAAAUACCUCACUGUGCCUUUAUGGGAACAGAACCAGGGAAACACCUGAGAUAGAGACUUCAGUUUCAGAGUCCAUUCACACAGGUAUGACUUCAGACUGGACUCCACUUUGAUUCCACGUUCAGGACUUGUGCUCAGUAGUUUUGUUUUUAUUGUUGACGUUUUAAAAUCAUUAGAAAAGUAUCCUUCAUUCCCAUCAGAAGAAACUUUUGGCAUCAGCACAUCACUCAGAGCAGCUUCACACCGUAGAUGAUACCUGCGCUGGCCGCCAAGUAUCGUUUUUACCUUUUGACCUUUUAAGAUCACCAUCCUUAACCAUUAAACACAAACAGUAAUACUUCAGGGGCCUCAGGGUUUGCCUCAUGAACAGCGUACUGUUGGUUUCUGUGUGUUGAUUUGAGUUGUGUUAUGGUGUUGCAGAAGCAUGAGAGCACAGAAGGAGCUGAACACGCAGACAUGCACACAGCGCUGACUCCGCUGGCCCUGUCCCGUCUCUGUAUUCCUUCUGUUACGACCUCCUCAGCUAGCGCAGGAGGGGACCGCUUCAUCCCCACUUACGCUUCAUAGAAACAUGACCUGCUGAACCUGCUGCAGAAGCCAACAGAGAUGGAGAGAGUGUUUGGUGCAUCCUCCCGUCAGACAGGCACGGACCACUUUUCUGCCAGGACUACUUCGUCGUAACUUUGCCGGCACAUUCCCUCCACCCCCCCUCGGUUCUGUUUAUGUUGCUAAGCUGUCUGCAGUCCUCCAGGCUUCAGCCUCAGUAUAUCAUUCAUCAACGAUUACAUCAAAACCCUUCAUGCCAUUUUUAACCUAACCCCACCCUGCCAUAGUUUUUGGUAGUUUUAAACUUCACUGAAGCCAAAUGUUGCAUGAUGUCCUCAGUCUUGAUGCCAUGAAUUUUUCGCUGCCUGAAUUAGCGACAUGCUACAGAACACGUAUAAACCAUAGGUACAUACAGGCUAACGUUAACCCUGCUAGAAUUAUUCCUCCCACAAAUGCUGUGAAUGAACAAGCUUAUUGUAAACAUUUUUUUCUGUGAUAUUUCAAUCCUACUAAUAAAGUGGGAAACUUCAAAUUCAAUAUGCUGGGUGUGAAAGCUCGAGAGUGACCAAGGGGGCUUAGGGACGGGCCAGCUGAUUACUGUACAGCGUCCCAUGUUAGAUAUGAACUCUGAUACAGCGUUCAGCACUGUUAUGUAGCGGUCUGCUGCUUUAUAGCAUUAGCUCCUGCCUACCCAUGUUCUAGUUAUGUUCUACCUAUGUUCUACCUGUGUUCUACCUGUGUUCUACCUAUGUUCUACCCAUGUUCUACCUGUGUUCUACCCAUGUUCUACCUGUGUUCUACCCAUGUUCUACCCAUGUUCUACCUGUGUUCUACCUGUGUUCUACCCAUGUUCUACCUAUGUUCUACCCAUGUUCUACCUAUGUUCUACCCAUGUUCUACCCAUGUUCUAGUUAUGUUCUACCCAUGUUCUACCCAUGUUCUAGUUAUGUUCUACCCAUGUUCAACCCAUGUUCUAGUUAUGUUCUACCCAUGUUCUAGUUAUGUUCUACCCAUGUUCUACCCAUGUUCUAGUUAUGUUCUACCCAUGUUCAACCCAUGUUCUAGUUAUGUUCUACCCAUGUUCUACCUAUGUUCUACCCAUGUUCUACCUACGUUCCACCUAUGUUCUACCCAUGUUCUACCUAUGUUCUACCCAUGUUCUACCUAUGUUCUACCUGUGUUCUAGCCAUGUUCUACCCAUGUUCUACCUAUGUUCUACCCAUGUUCUACCUACGUUCCACCUAUGUUCUACCCAUGUUCUACCUACGUGCUACCUAUGUUCUAACAGAGCUUGCUUAUUUCUAACACUGUACCUCAAAUGCAGCAGCUUCACCUGCUGCAUGAACCUGAUGGUGUUGAAAUCUGGCGCUUGCUUUUCGUUGUCAUUAGGACAUAUUCUGCGUUUAAAGAGGACUGGAGGGGAGUUUCCUAUAAAGGCAUAAGCCUUGUGAAGUGCUGCAGUAAGUCUGUCUCAACUACUAGCACAGGCUGAGCUCAGCUACCGUAUUAUAGCUAGUAGAUGUGCAAACACAUGCAGGGAACACACGGUGCUGAGAAAGCCGCUCAGCAUGAAAACUGCAGACCCUCAGUGGUAAAAUAAGACUGAACGUCAGCGGCAGCAACAGUUCACAUUUGUGGUGGCGUUAAACAUCAGUGCUGUAACACUCAGGUAUAGAUCUUAGUAUCGUGUUUUUUUUUCUUAAGAUCAUUCAUCUGCUACACUUUUAGAGGUCACAUAUGCAAAAUACACUUUUCAGGCUUUUCUAACAAUAAUAUGGGCCCCUCUCAGCUGGCCACACCCAUUAAGCCACAUCCAUUUCCUGAGAGGGGCGGAGUCAGACAGCUCAGUAACAUUUACACCACAGAAACAGCUGGUUCUGAGCAGGGCUGAAACAGAGGGGUUUUUAGACAUGCAAACAUCAAUACUGGAGUGUUUUUACAGAAACAAACUCCACAGGCAUGUCUAAGGGACCUCUGAGAACGUUAUAAACUUGUCUUAAAGGGUUAAAUAUGGGACCUUUAACAAUCUCCUGCUGGAACCAUCGUCACUCUGAGGUAGCUGAAGCUGCUAAUCAGUGAGUGUGUGUGCAGGUGUGUCACAUGGACCGUUUGUGGACGCAUGUAUAGCUUUGGUUUGUUGCAUCUGCUAUUCACUCACUUAAAAAUUAACAGACAUGAGAUGUCACAUGUAGAGGUGAAGGUGUAACAGUCGGCACCAGAGACAACGAUGGCUGAUAAACCAAGUCCACAGUUCUCCACAUCUUUCUGAUGAGUCGUCACUGCACAGAGACAAACAUGUCUGUCAAACCAGCUGGGGACGAUAAAUUCUAUUUUUUCAACUGACAUUUAAACCUGUAAAAAUCUUUUCAUCAGCUGCUGUAACAACAUCUACAAACACAGUCGACUGAAAGUCACCAGUUAACACACUAACGAAUUAAACCAAUACACCAGGAGCGUUACGUUCAUCCAUGGAGGAAAACGAUGAUCUGACCACUAGUGUUCAGUCUGAGCUGAUCUGUUGUUAACUAUUGAUGCUUAUGUUAUUAGUGUGAAGCUCAGAAUUACCACCAUAUUCACUCUGUAGUUCACAUCCCACACAUCAGGUUGUGGCCUCUCCAUCAUGUCCUCCAGUAGCUUACAUCACAUAUGGGCAAGUAUAUCCACAGUUGUAUCCACGAUGCAGCAGGACACACGUGCAAACUCAGGGUGGAACAGAGAGCAUAUCUCUGGAAUAACUGGAUGUAUCCAUGACGCUGUUCAGCUUGUUUUUUAUCACAGGGUAGAUGCCUCUCAGCCAAAACUCUGGGUUUAGUUAUCUUUAUAAAAGAUUUGACUUGGACUUGCUGCUGCCCUCAAAGACUUGAGAUCUGACUUGGAUUUCCGUCUUUGUGAGAUUACUAUUAUUUCCAGACAUGUGGGUUGAAACCAUGAGGGAGUCAUCCCUCUUUGCUUGUUUCAGCGUCAAUGAACGAGGCUCUGAGUCCUGAUGUAGUCUGUUGAAUUCAUGCACACAAACAGAGCUGAGCUGCGAUCACUGCUGCUGAAUCAGAUCAGGUUAAAUUCUCAGAUAUGGUUUUUCAAAAAUCAGCACUCUCGUUCUGUCUUUAUUUUGCAAUGUUGGCAUCUUCCUGCAGGUGGCGACAAAUCAGCCUGUUGAAUUUAUUUUCAGAUGAGAUUUAGAAAAUGAAGAGAAGGGCUGCUUGUGUUGUUCUCUGGUGAAUGUAAAGUGCCUGUGCGUCCUCUAAACUGGCAUGUCUUUAAAUCAGGACUGUGUGAGGUUAAACCCUGGAGUGUGUAGUGAAUGUGUUUACAGAUUUGAUCAUGUUUUAUCGAGCGGCCUGGUUUGUGUUUACCUGCUCUGGUGCAGGUAGAUGAAAGAUUAAUCUCUGAGUCAUACUGACUCCAUUUUUGAUCCUUUAUAUUUAUUCGCUGUCGUCCACAUUCUCUAACAGCAGCGGUUUGGGUCUGGACGUGAAUGAUGUGAUGAAGACGAGCUGUUUUUAUGUUCCUCUGAGCACGUCUGUGUACCAAACCAGCCAAUAACAUGAAUUUACUCCUAAAGCCUUAACUUUGAUGCAGCACUGUCAGACGUCAGCCUUUCAGCAGAAGCCUGUGCAGUCACUGAUGGAGAUUUUUAUUUAGUUUAAUGACUUUUUUAAUGAAUGUAUGA